AUGAAAGUGUCGUUGACGAUAGUUAUAAGUGAUCUUGAUGCCUUCUUGGAUAACGAGAAAUGUCCAUGGAAUGUUCGAGAGGUGAGGUGUGACUACUAUGAGGCGAUGCUGAAGCAGUGCCUGAAACAACUUGAAAUCAACGACGUGAAGAUUAUUCGUGGAAAUGCGCACCAAAUUGAACCCGAAUACACAUUAGAAAUGUACAAAAUGGCAUCAAAGGUGACACGCGACGAUGCGACUUUGUUAGAGGGGACAUCAUUAGGCACUCUGCUUUGUCCACUCUAUUACGCAAUCGACCAGUAUUGGUUGAAAGCUGACUUGGUUGUUGUGGGAGAAGAUAUGCGCAAAUUUGCUCAGCUAGCGGCUCAAAUGAUCGAGCGUCAAGGUGAGAAGCCACGAGCACAGUUGUUGAUCACUGAUGUACUACCAUCAAUGAAUGGUGUUGGUAAAAUGUCUGCGUCUGAUGCAGAAUUUCAUUUGGAUCCGUUCGAUACGCCAAAGCAAACGAAGCAAAAAAUAGCUCGAAGUUUCUGUGAGCCAUGCAACGUCAACGGGAAUAUCGCAUUGCAAUUGGCGAAGCUGUUCAUAUUCCCACUGAGUGAACAUGGUGAAGCGUUGCACAUCGAACGUUCGGCCGAGAAUGGUGGUGAUCUAACGGUGAGCAAUUAUGCGGAACUCGAGAAAUUAUUCGUGGAUGGCUCUUUGCAUCCGGGCGAUUUGAAAUCCGCAGUUGCCAAGUCAAUCAAUGCAUUUUUCGAGCCAAUUCGCAAAGAAUUUGCGAGCAAACAAGCAAAAAUGCUCUCAGCGGCAUUCCCGACUGUCAAAGGAGGUGCUAAAAGCAAUGGUGCAACACAGCAAAAGAAGUGA